CGCACGUUGUUAAGUAACGAGAGAGGGCGGGGACAAAGGCAUACUCGUGUGGAGAACGGCAGUCGGUGCAGCUGGAGCUUCUCGGGGACUGUCGACAGGGAGCGCAACCGAAGUCGGAGCUUAGAGCUGGGGGUAUGAGAGCUGCCAGAAUCCGCUCCCAUCCUCCUCUGGUCGGUUUCCAAUCUGACUGACAAUCACUUGAUCAGAAUCUCCACAUCAGUAGCUUUCGGACGAACCUGAUAUCGGAUCUGCGUUGUUUGUUGAUGACAGCAACACCUUGUUGUAACCAUGGAGUUGAGAGUGGGAAACAAAUACCGACUGGGGCGAAAAAUAGGGAGUGGCUCCUUUGGCGACAUUUAUCUUGGUGCCAACAUUGCCACUGGUGAGGAAGUUGCCAUCAAGCUAGAAUGUGUGAAAACCAAACACCCACAGCUGCACAUCGAAAGCAAGUUCUACAAGAUGAUGCAAGGUGGAGUGGGUAUUCCAUCAAUAAAGUGGUGUGGUGCAGAGGGAGACUACAACGUCAUGGUCAUGGAGCUGCUCGGUCCGAGUCUGGAGGACCUUUUCAACUUCUGCUCCAGGAAGUUCAGCCUAAAGACCGUCCUGCUCCUGGCGGACCAGAUGAUCAGUCGCAUCGAGUACAUCCACUCCAAGAAUUUCAUCCAUCGAGAUGUAAAGCCAGAUAACUUUUUAAUGGGGCUCGGCAAGAAGGGCAACCUGGUGUACAUCAUCGACUUUGGCCUGGCCAAGAAGUACCGCGAUGCCCGCACACACCAGCACAUCCCCUACAGGGAGAACAAGAACCUGACUGGAACUGCCCGCUACGCUUCCAUCAACACACAUCUUGGAAUUGAGCAGUCGAGACGUGACGACUUGGAGUCUCUCGGCUACGUCCUCAUGUACUUCAACCUGGGCUCCCUCCCCUGGCAGGGCCUCAAGGCUGCUACCAAGAGACAGAAGUACGAGCGAAUCAGCGAAAAGAAAAUGUCGACGCCCAUCGAAGUUCUCUGCAAAGGAUACCCUUCGGAGUUCUCCACAUACCUGAAUUUUUGUCGCUCAUUGCGUUUUGACGACAAACCAGACUACUCUUACCUACGGCAACUUUUCAGGAAUCUGUUCCACCGACAGGGAUUCUCCUACGACUACGUCUUUGACUGGAAUAUGCUCAAAUUUGGCGCCAGUCGGACUGCUGAGGAUGGCGAUCGUGAGAGGAGAACAGGAGACGAGCGGGACGAACGGAUUGGAGGAGCACCGAGGGGGUCUGCACCAAGGGGCCUCCCUUCAGGUCCCACCCCAGGAGCCCCAAACAGGGUCAGAAAUGGACCAGAGCAAGCCAUCUCUAACCCAGCAUCGCGAGUCCAGCAGUCUGGUAACACAUCACCUCGUGCAAUUUCUCGUGCAGAGCGGGAAAGGAAGGUGAGCAUGCGUUUACACCGUGGGGCUCCCGCCAACGUGUCCUCCUCGGAUCUCACAGCCCGUCAGGAUCAGUCGAGGAUCUCCACGUCACAAGUCAGCGUACCAUUCGAGCACGUGGGGAAGUGAGCCUCCUCAGCUCUGCAUGAACACAAAACAGGGCUUGAAGGAAAACUUUGUGCUAUACUCGUUUUUUUUUCCUUUCUACUUUGGUUAAUGAAAACCUUCUUGUUAAUGGACCGAACAUUUUUGAACAAGACAUUAAACCUUUUCGAGGAUUUUGGAGAAUACACGAAAAUAUCAGCGUUCAUUCUUACCCGGGCCGUCUGUUGUGAGCCACCACAGUACACAAAGCCAGCGGCAGUGCUGCACCCUGACCGUAACGUUUUCCUCACAACAUUCCCUCAGUACUUCUGCAAAUGUGAAGGACUUAAGGCAUAAAAGGAGUAAAAAAAAAAAGGAUUCAGGGUCAUGCAUGUUUUUAUUAUCAAAGGUUUCAUGUCGUCUGUUUUUAUUUUCCAUGAAAACGCGUUGAAUUGGAGUUUUAUUUUAUUUGUUUUUAAAAAUACCAGCUUGGUAGAUGCAAGAACCUGUAGAUGAAGUUGAGCCAUGUUGAUGAAAGACUGGCUGCUAGGAGGACAUUUUUAUAAAGGAUAAGUGAUGUUUUAGACGAUGUAAAGUAGCUGGUUCUUACUUGCCCUCACCUAUUUUGUGACAACUUUCUGACAAAAUGUAGCCAUGGAACUUGUCUGAGCGUCUUACUUUGCCUGAUUUGAGUUCACUUUUUUUCUUUUAACUUGAAUAUUUUGAUGGGAAGGUAAAAUAUGACUGUGGAUGCUCAGUGGACACACUCCCAAACCUUGAGAGAAGCUCCUCGGGAAAUUCUCAUCAUCCUGAUGUUUGACCCGAGACCACAGCUGCCCGUUUUGGCCAACAAAUAAAUGCAAUUUUUAAGGUGUUUCUUAUUCCUUUAUAAAUUCUUUUUUAAAGGAAAAAUGGGCAGGAUCUGUUGGGAAUGCCAUUUGGGAGGUUUUUAUUCAAUUUUUUUUUUGUUUACUCCAAUGUAAAUAUUUUUUUAUUAUUUCAAUGUAAAGCCAAAUGUGGUUAUUUGUUGUAAAAGUGUAAAGUAGACAAAUGCAUACUAAUGACGAAGUAGGGUUUGGACUCAAAUAAUAAAACUUUGGGACAAGUUGCAGUACCAGCUGGGUCAUUACACAGGUGUGGGUGUCAGUUUCUGUAUGCAUAUUAAUUUUUGCAUUUUAUUUAUACUUUUAGUUCCUCACCGUUUUGGUAUGUUUAAGGUGACAUGUUUGUUUAACCGCUUUGCCACUUUUAAAUAUUCAUAAUUCCUUCAACUGAAAUGAAAAUCCAAUGGUUUGAUAUCACCUUUUUUUAUUUUUGCCUUUCAACAACUUUCAUGAUUUAAUUUAGAAGAAAACCUAAGCAAUGCAAUUGCAGGUAUCUGUGCGUGGACGUGUGCACAUUCAAGUGGAAGGUGUGUAACCUUUGUACAGGCCAUCAUGACCCAGUGGCAUUGUGACUGGAUUUGAAGGGGGAGGGGGGUUCACUUUGUGUAUUGUGUACGGAUAUCCUUUACAGUUUAACACUAUUUACAGUAUUUGUGUAUAUUUUAUGAGGUAAUAAAAAUGAAUAAUGUUGCA